GCCGGGUCGGGUUUUCUUUACUUAAAUCAAGUUUUUUAGUCGGGCUGCGUGUUCUAUUCCUGACUUUUACUUACGUUUAAGUGUCCUGCGAAUCGUGCUCUUACUUAUUCGAUGAUAAACACAUAAUACAAUAAGGAUUCCCCUUUUUGUUGUCAUCUUCUACAGCACGCACACUGCAAAUAAAAAUAAUAAAUUAAAGAGUGAAAUUGAAUUGAAGAAACAAGAAUGUCCAUCGUGAGCUACAGCAACAGCAACAACGGCGACAGCAAUAAGAUGCAGUCGGACCACAAAGCGAUGAAGGAGCUGACGUCGCGGAUCUGCAGGGACUACUUGCACGGCGCUUGGAAAAAUGUUACCGCCGAGAAUGUCGGUUUCAAGCACAUCAGCGGUGGUCUUUCGAACUUGCUGUACCACAUCAGCCUGCCGGAUCACCUGGUGAAAUCGUCGAUGCCGCACGGUGAACCCAAGGAGGUGCUGAUCCGAGUGUACGGGCAGACGCACGGGGGGGAGCGCGCCCUCGAGGCCCUCAUCACCGAGAGCGUCAUCUUCACGCUGCUGUCUGAGCGCGGUCUAGGUCCAAAGUUGCACGGCAUCUUCCCCGGCGGUCGCAUCGAGCAGUACAUGCACGCGAGACCGCUGAAGACGCGAGAAUUGGCCAACGAGAAGUACAGCACGCAGAUCGCCGAGAAGAUGGCCCUCAUACACAGCAUGGAGGUGCCCUUGCACAAAGAUCCCAGUUGGCUGUGGGAAACCAUGGAGCGUUGGCUGAAGUCCAGCCAGUCGCAGCUGAAGACUAAUGUGCCUGAGAUUGCGAAGAGUCUGUUGGAUGUGGAUCUGCAGGAGGAGUACAGAUGGUUGAAGAAGCGGAUGGAGGAUGAGAACUGCCCGGUAAGGUUCUGCCACAACGAUAUGCAGGAGGGCAACAUCCUGAUCUCGGAGGAUGUGAACGAUAACUAUGGUCAGGACCCGAAGUUCGUGUUGAUUGACUUCGAGUACUGCUCGUACAACUACAGAUCGUUCGACAUUGCCAAUCACUUCGUCGAGUUUAUGUACAAUUACACCGAACCGGAAAGUCCGUUCUUCAAGGAGACCAUCCAUCAUUACCCAAGCGAGGAGUUUAGGUUAAACUUCAUAAAGACAUACCUGCAAGACACUGGAUCCGGCGAUAGUCCGAUGCAAGUCAUGCGCGAAGUCAAAGUCUUCAGUUUGGCGUCGCACUUCUUCUGGACUCUUUGGAGCAUCGUCAACGCGGAAACCUCGAAGAUUCCCUUCGGCUAUUGGGAAUACGCGGUGGUAAGGUUGAACGCGUACAAGAGAUCGAAGAAAGACAUUUCAAGCAAUCAAUCGGUGAAGAGGAAGGCGCUUGAUCCAUGAUCGCGUAAUUGCUGCUUGGGCGCAGAGUCUCGAAACGCUUGAAGGUACACAACCUUGGCACCGGUUCGUUUCGUAACCAUCUAACUCUACAACCCUCUACACCCCCU